CCGGGGUUUCUCAGCUCAGGGGUGGGAGUCAUUGAUACUCAAGUGUGAAAUGGAGUCAUGGGAUACGUAGUGCAGUCCUCACCAGGCAGAAGGGGCUCAAGCCUUUUGGGAAACUACAAUCCCCGGGAUGUCCCAGCUCAGGAGAGGGCGACAGUGAGACUGAAGUGUGAAAUGGAGUCAUGGGAUAUGUAGUGCAGCCCUCGCCAGGCAGAAGGGGCUCAAGACCCCGGGAAACCACAACUCCCAGAAUCCCAAAGGGUGUGUCCCACACUAGAUUGCGCCAUGGGCCCCAUCCUUUGGGGAACCGCAGCUCCCAGGGUGUCUCUCAAUGGGUUUUUCCCCCUUUGCCUCCGCAGCUGGAGGGUCUGUGGCAGCGCCUGGCCCUGGUGGCGCAAGGGACGGAGCCCAUCAUCCUGGGCCCCGAGAUCCAGGUCUUCCCUCUGCGCAAAGGAGACCUCUCCGUCGGGAGGAACAUCGUGGUGAGGCUCACGUGCCGCUUCAUCGAUUUCCGAUAUCGGAACACCGGCCGUUCCGGAGUAUUUAAUGUCUUCCAUGCUAAUGGUGAUCUGAGUACCGUCCAUGUGGUGGACACCGACUACAGCGACUACCUGGUGCUCCAUACAGAGAUGGCCGGUGAAUGCUCUCUGUCCCUUUAUGCCAGGGGAACUGAAAUGUCGGACCGGAUGAAGAAGAAAUUUGAGGAUUACGUCCGCUCUUUGGGAUUCUCUAAAGCGGAUAUCAAGUACCAAGGGAAAGAUGAUCAAUGCCCUCUUUCUCAGCCUCCUUUGGAAAACCAUCCUUGAUAAAACAAAGAGUUGUUUUACAUCCAGAAGAAAUAUCUAAUGCAUAGAAUGAAAGCAAACGAUGAAAUUGGCAUCAUUGGGGGUAUCUGCACUGCAAAAACGAUGCAGUUUGACACCACUUUAACUCUCGUUUAUCUCUUCUUUUCCGAAAUCCCAUAUUUUCCCCUCAAUUUAUAAGCAAAAAUAAUUGGGAUGAAAAUGUUAUUAAAAUUUGCAAUGAAGCAAAAAUCAAAAAAAUAUAUAAAAAGUAAAAAUAUAAUAAAUAAUAAUAUAUAAUAAUACUUGUAAUAUUUCAGGAAAAGGUCCUUUAUGGGAAACUACAAAUUCCAGCAUCCAGUCUUCUUUUUCCUCUAUUAUUUCUUCCAAGAUUAUCCUUCAAACUUUUAAUAUAUAGUGCAAUCAAUAAAUUGCAUUCUUGUUGGGAAUUUCAGGUGAAAUUUGGGGAGAAUAAAGAGAAAUAAAACCGUUUUGGACUUAA